AUGUCAGCUCUGCCUUUCUCUUCGGCGUCGUCCAGGGUCCGGACCAAUUAUCUCCCAUAUUUCUCCUUUCUUCCGCUCAUUGAUCGUGUUCGUGACCGUUGGCCGCAGGCUCAUGCCGUCCUCUCGAGGCACACAAACGGAGUUCAUUCCGUGGCAUACUCUCCUGAUGGUCAGCACAUCGUGUCAGGAUCGACAGACGAGACAGUGAGAGUAUGGGAUGCGGAGACGGGCGAAGCAAUCCUUGAGUUGUCUUGCCGCUCCCGGGUUUGGGGUGUUGCUUUCUCGCCGGAUGGCCGACACAUUGCCGCGGCGCUCUUUGAUUCGACGGUGCGGAUAUGGAAUUCAGCGACAGGGGAGGCUGUUUGUGAACCUCUACGGGGCCACGAGGUCUCAGUGGAGUAUUCCGCCCCCAUGCGCCGUGUGACCUCGCUUGCGUACUCGCCUGACGGACGUCGGAUUGUAUCGGGCUCCGGUGAUGGCACGAUCGACGUGUGGGAUGCGGAGACUGGCAAAUCCAUCUGCGGGCACUUCGAGAGUCAUUCCAACGUCAUAAUUCGUGUCAGGUUCUCUCCGGAUGGCAGUCGCUUCGUGUCCGCCUCGUGGGAUAGAACACUUCGUGUUUGGGACUCGACUACACUCCAACCACUCGGAGAGCCUCUACGUGGCCAUAAGGGCUGGGUGCUGGACGCUGAUUACUCUCGGGACGGCCGCCGGAUUGUCUCAUGUUCGUACGACCGCACUAUUCGCGUCUGGGAUGCAGAGACAUACGACUGUCUUGUCGGGCCUUUGGGGGGGCAUCAAAGUUGUGUUAUGUCUUUCGCGUGGUCACCGGAUUGCAAGCACCUUGCAUCCGGCUCUGACGAUGGGACAGUGCGGGUGUGGGAUAGUGAGACGGGGCGCGAGAUUGGCGAGUCAUUCAGGGGCCACAAACAAGGGUACCUGUCCCUUUCAUGGUCCAUGGACGGCCGGUAUGUAACCUCAUCCGCCGACGACGGCACAAUCGUAUUCUGGGAUACGGAAAAAUGGGGACCAGCAGGUGAGCCUUUGCGCGGCCACACAGGCAGCGUGUACCAUUGCAUGUAUCCUCCCGACUAUCGACGGAUCGUGUCUUGGGACGAGGACGGGACGAUACGGAUGUGGGACGCACAGACGCGAAAGCUCAGUGUCGGGGAAUGUCUGUCCAAUCCAUUCGGAAGCAUCGACUCUCUCGCCCUCUCUCUCGCCCUCUCUCCCCCUCUCUCUCGAUGGUCGCUGCCUUGUCAGCGCUUCACGUAG